CCCACUUUUUUUUUUUAAAUCUACAUAGCCCCCUUUAUUUGGCUGUCUGAGGUCUGUUUCCAAUGCUAGGCCUUCUGUUAGCCUUCUUGCAAAUGCUAUGGGGUAACCCCUCCCACCAAUAACAGAUUAGCUGUAAAUAAAGCAGACAUUUUCCCACUGAACUACAACUCCCGGAAUCCUCUGCGAGCCGUGCAGCAGGCGGAGCAUACUGGAAGUGUUCGUCCAAUAAGCAACUGACGAAUAUAGACGUCAUCUCCUACAGGAAACACGCUGAUUUUUUUUUACUUUCGAAAUAUAAAAAAAAAAAAAAAAAAAACUUUAUUGAGACAGCGCAAGAAAAAAAAAAAGAAAAGAUAAACAGCAGCGGGUUUGAGUGAGCGCUGCUCUGUGUGAGCCCGGCUUCUAUGUGAAUGAGAAGCGGGAGCGCGAGGCUCGGGAGCGCGCGCUUCUCGUCACGGUAACGGCUCCGGUGCACGAUGAGCCUGUGCGGGAAGGAGCUCGCCAACCUGCUGGGCAUCAUGACCGAGGAGGCCUGCGGGAACACCUUCGAGGGCCUGUCCACGGCCUUCCACCACUACUUCUCCAAGGCCGACCACUUCCGGGUGGGCUCGGUGCUGGUCAUGCUCCUCCAGCAGCCCGACCUCCUGCCCAGCUCCCCGCAGCGGCUCACCGCGCUCUACUUGCUCUGGGAGAUGUACCGCACCGAGCCCCUGGCUGCCAACCCCUUCGCCGCCAUCUUUGCCCAUCUGCUGAACCCGCCUGCCGGGGAGGAGGCCGAGAGGCUGUUGUCAGGUGAGGCUGGGGCCCAGGGGGGAGACCAGGCUGACAUACCUACAUAGCUACCUAGCUGGGACAGGACAGCCUGCUCUGUUUACAUUACCUUAGUAGGUUUAAGGGAGGGGGGGAGGGGACAACUUAAUCUAUGUUUUGAAACUUAUUUGUAAUAAAGAAAAACAACUUUUUUUUUCAGGUGAGGUCAUCAAUCCUAAAUUACCUGGUGCCCAAUCAGAUACUUCAAAAUUCUCCGCAAUCCACCGAUCAAUGCACGGGACACGCAGCCUAACAUCCUCAUACUUUGCAUGUUGACACAAGUCACAUAGAUUAAAGGGAAUAUAUAGUGUCAGGAAUACAAAUUUGUAAUCCUAACACUAUAGUGCUCUCUGGACCCCCAGACUCAUAAAGGUUUUCAAAAAAAAAAAUUACUCAUCCGCUGAUGUCCUUCGGUUCUGCGUUGGUGCUUCACCUCCUCGGAUGUCAUCCCAUGAGGGGCUAAUGCGCAUGGGCGGUGAGCUCGUUAGGCCCUACCCAUAGGAAAGCGUUGCCUCAAUGCUUUCCUAAGAGGAUUUUACUGACACUGGAUGCCCUCGUGCAGAGUGUCUGGGUGACUACAGUCAUAAUUAUGAAAUCUAUAUAUUUUGGAAGCCUCUAGUGACUGUUUAUCUGACCGCUACUCUUAGGUGUAGAAGCUGAAAAAGUUAACUGCACUGUUUUAACUUUUAUGACUGCAGGCCAAAAUUUUUUCAUUAAAAGAAAACUCUGUAAAAAGUAAAGGUACACUAUAGGCACCCAGACCACUCCAGCUAAUUGAAGUGGUCUGGGUACAAUGUUCCUGUACCCUAAAGACUGCCUCCAAUGGCUGUCAGACAGCCACUACAGGCACUUCCUUCUUGUUAAGCAACUUUUGGUCGCCUGACGUUGGAUGUUCUCAUGCUCUGCCUUAAAAGAAUCAUUUCGGAUAAUGAGACUUUUGUCAAACGCAUGGAUGAAAUGCAUGGGGGACUUCAGAGCAAGGGGCUAUUCCCAGGACCUAUUAUGGAAUGCAAGGGAUAGAGUAACAUAUUUAGCAACUCAGAAGGUGACGGUGGUUAGAAAGAAAAAACAAAUAAAAAACAAAACAAAUGGAAUGUAUCUGUGUGGUAGUUGCGUCAAUUGCAACAAUGUCAUUAGAAACCACUCUUUCACAUUUGUUAGGGCUACAAAAUUGAAUUACAUUCCUAUAUGAAUUUCCAAUCAGACUGUGGUCUAUUUGAUUAAAUACCCUUGUGGCAAGGAGUAUGUGGGACAAACCACUAGACUUUUUUGACACACGCUUUGGUGAGCACAAAAGUGCUAUUAGAAACCAACGUACUACUUUAUCUGUGGCAAGACUUUUCAAUAAGAUGGGUCACCGGGAGUCAUAGUUAAAAUUCCAGGGAAUUUAACAUGUUAAAAAUCCGCCCAGGGGUAGUGAUUAAAAUUCCUUAAACGAAGAGAGAUGUACGAGAUGUAACUUUAUCUUCAUUCAUGCCACCCGGAUAUAAAGACUUUACUUGUUUUUUUUUUUUUUUUUUAAUUCUUUAUUUUUGUAGUGCAUAAGCUUAGUACAAUCGCUUGUGAUGUACCCCAAAGGCAAUCCUCCAGCGCAUUAUAAAAAAUUUAAACAUAGAGGUACAGGGUUAAUCUUGCACAUUUUUAUAAGGUUGAGUUAUGCGGUAUACGGUAUUGAUUGUCAUUACUUAAGAAUAUUCAUAAAAUAACUUAGCUUAACUUUCUGCUCCUGGAAUAAAAUUUAAGAUGCUGUGUCUAGUGUAAUGGUGACUAUACCAGCAAACUAGUGUAGUUGAUUCAGAUUUGUGAGUCGCUUAAUAGAAUCAUGUUUUUAAUAAGCUGGAUUAAGAUGCUAUGGAGCGAAUGUUAGACUAAACAGUGAAAUCGUUAGGAUAAUAAAGUAAGGUGGUCAACGCUUAACGGUGCUAGGAUAGCUUUGCUAGUGUAAUUGAAGUGUGGCCUUAUGGUUUGCAAUGUAACAGUAGCUGGGUCGUGUGUCUUAGCCUACAGGUUGUGCUAUUAUUGUGUAGGCUAUGAUGCAAUAAAAAAAACAAGUAACUUUGCUAUGUCUUGCCUACAGUGUAGUGUUACAUUACUACACUGUCUAAACAUAAUUGCAUUCUGUUUUAUUGAUGGGUAACUAGACAUCAAGUCUGCGAUGGCAUGGGGGUAUAGUCCGCCUUUGGCCCUAUGUAGCCAUGUGAGUCCGGGUAUUCCGCUGUUGCAAGAUUUUGGAACAGUUCAGGCCAGAAAUAUCUGUGAGGGACUUUACUUGUUUUUAGUUGAAUUGUCAAUAUAUUGAGCAGCAGGAAAUGCUAGCAGUAUGCUUGGUUGUAUAGGGAGAGGUAUUAGCAGUAGGAAGAGGGAAGUGCUCAUGCCAUUGUACAGAACACUGGUGAGACCUCACUUGGAGUAUUGUACGCAGUACUGGAGACCGUAUCUUCAGAAGGAUAUUGAUACCUUAGAGAGAGUUCAGAGAAUGGCUACUAAACUGGUUCAUGGAUUGCAGGAUAAAACUUACCAGGAAAGGUUAAAGGAUCUUAACAUGUAUAGCUUGGAGGAAAGACGAGACAGGGGGGAUAUAAUAGAAACAUUUAAAUACAUAAAGGGAAUCAACACAGUAAAGGAGGAGACUAUAUUUAAAAGAAGAAAAACUACCACAACAAGAGGACAGUCUUAAAUUAGAGGGACAAAGGUUUAAAAAUUAUAUCAGGAAGUAUUACUUUACUGACCGGGUAGUGGAUGCAUGGAAUAGCCUUCCAGAUGAAGUGGUAGAGGUUGACACAGUAAAGGCGUUUAGGCAUGCGUGGGAUAGGCAUAAGGCUAUCCUAACUAUAAGAUAAGGCCAGGGACUAAUGAAAGUAUUUAGAAAAUUGGGCAGACUAGAUGGGCCAAAUGGUUUUUAUCUGCCGUCACAUUCUAUGUUUCUAUUUGUCUACUUGUUUUGUUCUUAUUUUUAAUUGUUUUCGCUACAGUUCUCUAGUAUUGUGGGAAAAGCGGAUGGACAAGGAAGGUUGGGGACUGAGUUAUAACCUCUGAAAAGCGGUCUGCUUUUUAAGCAGUCUACUUAGAACAUAUGGAAAGGACUCUUUGUGCAUUCAAAAUUAUUGCCAUACUUUGAUUACUUAUUUCUGAUCUAUUUUCUUUUUGUCCUUACAUCUAUGGGUCAUUGGGUGACUUGUUGCCACCUCUGGCCCCAGUGAUCUAGUGACAUUACUAUAUUUUCUAUUUUACUUUUUGUCUUCCAAUCUAUGGGCUCUGUGAGAUUUAGAUUCCCUACAGACCCUAUAGAUCAGUUAACAUAUGUCUUCUAUUCAUGCAUAUAUAUUUUUACAUCUAUGUGUAUAUACACUGCUCAAAAAAAAUAAAAGGAACACUUAACCCCUUAAGGACACAGCUUCAGAAGCUUGACUUACGCUUAAUGACACAAGCAAUUUUUGCAUUUUCUUGCUGUUUGCGUUCAACUGCAAUUUGCAUCUCUCUCAUUUAUUGCACCGACACAUAUUAUAUACUGUUUUUUAAAGGACAGAAAGGGCUUUAAUUUGAUAUAACACAUAUAUAUAUAUAUAAAUGCUUACUUAUUAUAAAAAAAAUACAGAAAAAUGCAAAAAAAAUGAAAAAUAUUGUUUUUUUUUACAGUUUUUGCAAUAAUAAUGUGUGCAUAAUUAGUGCAGGUUAAGGAAAGUAAUUAAAAAUAAAUUUAUUUAUUUGUUCUGAUUUACAGAAUAUAUAAUGUGUCUGGGAUUUUAAGUUUUUUUUGGUAGUUACAGGUCACAAAGCACAAGGAGUAAAAUAAACUUUUUAAUGUGGAGCGAUUUUAGAAUUUGGUAUGUUUGUCUUGUAAGCUUAAUAGCCAUAAAAGAAAACAAAAUUGCCACACAAAAGUAUAUAUUUAUAUAAAGUAGACAUCACGGGCUAUUUACCUAAGGUUGUUUUGACACUUUCUACGUAGCCAUUUCACCGCCAACCUCUGCUAAAUAUUGGAGUAAAAUUGUGUUCUUUUUGGUUUUUGGCACACAAACUUAUAACAGAGAAAUUCUCGUGUAUAUUUUGUAAAGUUGGUGUGUGCUAUUCCUGUACAAAGUUUUAUUUUGUGUUCAGUUACAUCUGCUGAGUAAAAUGACACCCCCAUUGUAUGUCUUUUGCACUAUUUCGUGAAGUUACAGUGCCAUACAGGAUACCUGUCCUUUUCAGUAUUCACAGUAGAAUUUUGAGAGAUGAAUUUAAUGAGCCUUAGCUUCCAUUUGGGGUAUUAUAACAGUUUGACUGUUCAAAAACCCCCACAAAGGCCUACCAUUUGUAAAAGUAGACACUCCAGGGUAUCUUAUAAGGUGCAUAUUGUGCCUUAACAUGCCCCCAUUUUUUCACCAAUAUAUGCCAAAGUAUGUGGUAAAAAAUAAUUUUGUGCAUUUUUUACAUACGGAUUGCAUUUUUGCUGGGCGUUUUGUAUAUUUCAUAUGUGCCACUAAGUUCAAACCCCCCAAAUUAUGCUCAGCUAAGUCUUCUGAGUAAAAUGACACCCCAUAUGAAUGUCUUUGUCACUAUUUCGUGAAGCUACAGUCCCAUAUAGGAGACCUGUCCUUUACAGUAUUCACAGUAGAAUUUUGAGAGAUGGAUUUAAUGAGCCUUAGCUUCCAUUUGGGGUAUUAUAACAGUUUGACUGUUCAAAAAACCCCCACAAAGGCCUACCAUUUGUAAAAGUAGACACUCCAGGGUAUCUCAUAAGGUGCAUAUUGUGCCUUAACAUACCCCCAUUUUUUCACCAAUAUAUGCCAAAGUAUGUGGUAAAAAAUAAUUUUGUGCAUUUUUUACAUACGGAUUGCAUUUUUGCUGGGCGUUUUGUAUAUUUCAUAUGUGCCACCAAGUUCAAACCUCCCAAAUUAUGCUCAGCUAAGUCUUUUGAGUAAAAAUACACCCCCAAUGAAUGUCUUUGUCACUAUUUUGUGAAGCUACAGUGCCAUAUAGGAGACCAAGCCAUAUCCGCUUUUACCAAACUUUGAAUUUUGACGCUGGGCCUAUGUGCAAUUUCCAAGCAUCUUCGCAGGUUUUAAAUUCAAACUACCCCACAAAGGCCUACCAUUUCUUAAAGUAGACACCCCAGGGUGUUUCAAAAGGUAUAGUUUGAACCUUAGCGUGGGAUCAUUUUUCCGCUAGCUUGUACCAGAUGUAGUGGUAAUAAGCGUUUUUUCUGCCUUUUUGACAUACAAAGUGAGUUUGCACAGUAUAUUUUGCAAACCUUAUGUGUGCUACGACUGUAUAAUACUUCAUAUGUUGCUCAGCUAUGUCGGCUGAGUACAGCAAUACCCCCGUAUGUACCUUUGCCAGGUAUGUGUGGACAUCGGAGGGGCACAUUUGGGACACAGCCAUUCCAGUAUUUUUCAAACUUUGAAUUUUAUGCUGUGCCUAUGUCCCAUUUUAGAGUAUUUUACCAGGCUAUAUAAUCCAAAUUCCCCAUAAAGCCAUACCAUUUCUUAAAGAAGACAUCCCAGGGUAUUUCAAAAGGCAUAUUUUGAACCUUAGCGUGGGAUCAUUUUUCCGCUAGCUUGUACCAAGUGUAGUGGUAAUAAGCAUUUUUUCUGCCUUUUUGACAUACAAAGUGAGUUUGCGCAGCAUAUUUUGCAAACCUUAUGUGUACUAUGACUGUAUAAUACUUCAUAUGUUGCUCAGCUAUGUCGGCUGAGUACAGCAAUACCCCCGUAUGUACCUUUGCCAGGUAUAUGUGGAUGUUGAAGGGGCGCAUUUGAGACGCAGCCAUUCAGUUUUUUUCUAACUUUGAAGUUUUACGCUGUGUCCAUGUUCCAACUUGGAGUAGUUUAGACGGUUGGUUAUUGAAACUUCCCCACAAACACAUACUAUUUAUUAAAGAAUACACCCUGGGGUAAUUCAAAAGGCAUAUUUUGAACCUUGGCGUGGGAUAAUUUUUUCUCUAGUUUGUUCCAGGUGUAGUGGUAAUGAGCGUUUUUAAAAUGUAUUUUUUUACUUUUUAUAACUUUUUUACUUUUAAAAACUAGUUUUUAAACUUUUGUUUUGCUUAUAAAUUUUUUUUAAACUUUCCUAAACUUUCUUAAAACUUUUUUACAGAUUUAACAUUUUUCUAAGCUUUUUUUUUACCGUUAACCCCUAACUAGCAGUACGCAGCACUAACAGUAAAUUCCCCAUUUUCCCAUAACUCCCACCCACCCCAGCUAGCAAAAUAUAUAGUUAUAAAAUAUUUAAAUUAAAUAAAUUGAACCCCUGAGGGUUAAAAAAAUGAAUAAAAGUUAAUCCUCAGGGGUUAAAAAAAAUUAGAUCACAGUAUAAUACUGUGAUCUCUAUUUGAUAGCUGUAGGCAGUGAUCGACUGGCAGGGAAGGGGUUAAUUUUUAUUUGGACUAGGUAAAGUGUGGUUUUUUUUUGUUUUUUUUUACUUAAAUGUUAUUAAAACAUUUUUUAAGUUUAAUUUUUAACUUUUUAAAGUUUCUUUUAAAACUUUUUUUUAACGUUAACCCCUAGUUAGCCUAACGCCAAAUCCCUCAAUUCCCCACUAACUUCCACCCACCCCAGCUAUCUAAAUAUAUAAUUUAAAAAUAAUUUAAUUAAUUAAUUUAAUUAAUUUAACACCUGAGGGUUAAAAAAAAAAGAAUUAACCCUCAGGGGUUAAAAAAAUAAAUCACAUCAUAGUAAAAUGUAAUCCCUGCCAAUUGAUCACUGUAGUCAGUGAUCAAUUGGCAGGGAAUGGGUUAAUUUUUUAUUAAAAUGGGUAAGGGGGGGGACACUUUAAAUAUACUUUAUUUUUUUUAACAGCAGGGGGCAGGAUCAUCACUGAUCCGGCUCACUGCACUUCACACAGAACCCGGAAGUGCAGGGAGCCGGUAGGUGAGUAUACAGAGCACAUGUGCUCGCUCAGACUUGCGGUCAGAGCGAGCACAUGUGCUGGGCAGCCUGACCGGGUGCUCCCGGUAUGCCUCCAAUGCAGAGGCAUACCGGGAGCACCAUUAACCCCGCGAUCGCUGCGAUAGCGGCGAUCCGGGGUUAAUUUUACCGCGUGACGGACGAGGUCCGUCACCCGUCGUUAAGGGUCUCCCCUGUGUGACGGACCUCGUCCGUCACCCGUCCUGAAGGGGUUAAACAACUCAAUGUAACACCAAAUCAAUCACACUUCUGUAAAAUCAAACUGUCCACUUAGGAAGCAACACUGAGUGACAAUCAAUUUCACAUGCUGUUGUGCAAAUGGGAUAGACAACAGGUGGAAAUUAUAGGCAAUUAGCAAGACACCCCCAAUAAAGGAGUGGUUCUGCAGGUGGUGACCACAGAUCACUUCUCAGUUCCUAUGCUUCCUGGCUGAUGUUUUGGUCACUUUUGAAUGCUGGCGGUGCUUUCACUCUAGUGGUAGCAUGAGACUGAGUCUACCACCCAACACAAGUGGCUCAGGUAGUGCAGUUCAUCCAGGAUGGCACAUCAAUGCGAGCUGUGGCAAGAAGGUUUGCUGUGUCUGUCAGCGUAGUGUCCAGAGCAUGGACGUGCUACCAGGUGACAGGCCAGCACAUCAGCAGCAGGACCGCUACCUCCGCCUUUGUGCAAGGAGGAACAGGAGGAGCACUGCCAGAGCCCUGCAGAAUGACCUCCAGCAGGCCACACAUGUGCAUGUGUCUGCUGUCAGAAACAGACUCCAUGAGGGUGGUAUGAGGGCCCGACGUCCACAGGUGGGGGUUGUGCUUACAGCCCAACACCGUGCAGGAAGUUUGGCUUUUGCUAGAGAACACCAAGAAUGGCAAAUUCACCACUGGCGCCCUGUGCUCUUCACAGAUGAAAGCAGGUUCACACUGAGCAAAUGUGACAGACGUGACAGAGUCUGGAGACGCUGUGGAGAAAGUUCUGCUGCCUGCAACAUCCUCCAGCAUGACCGGUUUGGCAGUGGGUCAGUAAUGGUGUGGGGUGGCAUUUCUUUGGGGGGGGGCACACAGCCCUCCAUGUGCUCACCAGAUGUAGCCUGACUGCCAUUAGGUACCGAGAUGAGAUCCUCAGACCCCUUGUGAGACCAUAUGCUGGUGCGGUUGGCCCUGGGUUCCUCCUAAUGCAAGACAAUGCUAGAUCUCAUGUGGCUGGAGUGUGUCAGCAGUUCCUGCAAGACGAAGGCAAUGCUGCUAUGGACUGGCCCGCCCGUUCCCCAGACCUGAAUUCAAUUGAGCACAUCUGGGACAUCAUGUCUCGCUCCAUCCACCAACGUCACGUUGCACCACAGACUGUCCAGGAGUUGGCAGAUGCUUUAGUCCAGGUCUGGGAGGAGAUCCCUCAGGAGACCAUCCGCCACCUCAUCAUGCACAGGCGUUGUAGGGAGGUCAUAUAGGCACGUGGAGGCCACACACACUACUAGGCCUCAUUUUGACUUGUUUUAAGGACAUUACAUCAAAGUUGGAUCAUCCUGUAGUGUGUUUUUCCACUUUAAUUUUGAGUGUGACUCCAAAUCCAGACCUCCAUGGGUUGAAAAAUUUGAUUUCCAUUUUAAUUUUUGUGUUAUUUUGUUGUCAGCACAUUCAACUAUGUAAAGAACAAAGUAUUUCAGAAGAAUAUUUAAUUUAUUCAGAUCUAGGAUGUUGUUUUUGUGUUCCCUUUAUUUUUUAUUUUUUUUUAGCAGUACCGUGUUUCCCCGAAAAUAAGACCGGGUCUUAUAUUAAUUUUAGUCACAAAAAACACACUAGGGCUUAUUUUCAGGGUAGGGCUUAGAGCCAGUCUGUCAGCCGGUGUCCGCGCUGUGUAACCCCCCAGAGACCCUCACCUCCCUCCCUGUAAUACUCUCCCCCCUCCCCCUCCCCGUAAUACUCUCCCCUGUAAUAUCCCCUUCCUCCUUUCCUGUAAUCCUCCCCUCCCCCCUCUCCAAUCUUCUCCUCACCUCCCCUGUAGCGUGGCCGAGCUCCUAUCCGGUCCGCGACCCGGCCGGACUGACAGGAAGUGCACACCCAGUGUGCACUUCCUGUCAGUCCGGGCGGGUCGCGGACCGGAAAGGAGCUCGGCCACGCUACAGGGGAGGUGAGGCAGUGCGGCAGCCGUCUGAGCGCUCUCUAUAGAGCGCUCAUGCGGCUGAGGCAUUUAAAGGGCCGGCAGCCGCCGGCCCUGCCUAGGUCUUAUUUUCGGGGUAGGGCUUAUAUUGCAGCCCACCCCGAUAAUCCAGUUAGGGCUUAUUUUCGGGGUAGGUCUUAUUUUCGGGGAAACACGGUAUGUUUUAUUUAUGUGUGUGUGUGUAUAUAUGAACUCAAAGAUCCAAGCCUUUUAUCUAUGUACACAAAUUGCCUAUUUCAUUAAUAUUGUUCACAAAUCUGUGUUAGUGAUAGUCCAUCCUGGACCUGGAACAUGCUGUCGUAUACGCUGAUCCAGAGCAUCCCAAAUUUGCUCAAUGGUUAACAAAUCCGGUGAGUAUACUGGCCAUGCAAGAACUGGGAUGUUUUCAGCUUCCAGGAACUGUGUACAGAUCCUUGCAACAUUGGGGCCAUGCAUUAUCAUGCUGCAACAUGAGGCGAUGGUCCUGGAUAAAUAGCAAAACAAUGGGCCUCAGGAUCUCAUCAUGGUAUCUUUGUGCAUUCAAAAUGCCAUCAAUAAAAUGCACCUGUGUUCGUUGUCCAUAACAUACGCCUACCCAUACCAUAACCCCCACCGCCACUCGAUUCACAAUGUUGACAUCAGCAAACUGUUCACCCACAUGAGGCCAUACACGCUGUCUGCUAUCUGCCCUAUACAGUGGGAAAAACUGGAUUCAUCCGUGAAGAGAACACCCCUCCAAAGUGCCAGAAUCCAUUGAAUGUGAGCAUUUGCCCACUCAAGUCAGUUAAGACGAACUGCAGUCGGUUCGAGACCCUGGGCAUCAGCUCUGGUGGACAUUCCUGCAGUCAGCAUGCCAACAGCACGCUCCCUCAAAACUUGUGACAUUGUGCUGUGAUAAAACUGCACAUUUUAGAGUGGCCUUUAAUUGUGGCCAGCCUAUGGUACACCUGUGCAAUAAUCAUGCUGUCUAAUCAGCAUCUUGAUAUGCCACACCUGUGAGGUGGAUGGAUUAUCUCAGCAAAGUAGAAGUGCUCACGAACACAGAUUUAGACAGAUCUGUGAACAAUAUUUGCGUGAAAUAGGCCUUUUGUGUACAUAGAAAGUCUUAGAUCUUUAGAUGAGUUCAGCUCAUGAAAAAUGGGGGCAAAAACAAGUGUUUACAUUACAGUCCAGGAAAACCUCCACUAGAAACUCCUCAGACGGCUAUUAGAGGUGCUUCCUGUGGCAUUGCUGCACAGUGUGCAGCACUGCUUUUCAAUGCCUCCUCCCUCUACAUGGAGACACUAAACAUUUCUAAUAGAGAUGCAUUGAUUCAAUGCUGAUUGGUCAAGGCUGCCUCCUUGACAGUCUCAGCCAAUCUUGUGGGAAAGCAUUGGAAUUGGAUUAGAGAAUCACUUCUGAUGAUGUCAGCAAAGAAAGCAGAUCAGGGGCAGAGCCAGCAGCUGCAGACUUCAACAAAAAUAAGAUAUUGGUAUAUUUAGGGGUACAUGGGACUCGAUAAGGGAUUUUAACGCUAUAGGGUCAAGAAUACAUGUUUGUGUUCCUAACCCAGUAGUGUUGCUUCAAUAUGUGAUUAAAGGAUCACUAUAGGGUCAGGAACACAAAGAUGUAUUCCUGACCCUAUAGCGUUAAAACCACCGUCUAGCCCCUCAUGCCUCCAUAAAUAUCGAAAAAUCUUACUGUAUUCAAGCCUGAAGCUGCUGUCUCUGCCACUGUCUGCCUUUAAAAAAACAAGCAGUCUGCUAACAUCAUCAGAAGUGGUGGCAUGACCCAAUUACAUUGCUUCCCCAUAGGAUUGGUUGAGACUGACAGGCAGAUCAGGGGCAGAGCCAGCACAAUUCAAACACAUCCCUGGCCAAUCAGCAUCUCCUCAUGAAUUGAAUCAAUGAAUCUCUGAGGAAAGUUCAGUGUCUGCAUGCAGAGGGAGGAGAAACUGAAUGUUUGGAUGCAUUUUAGGCAGUCAUGACCUAGGAAGGAUCUCUAACAUCCAUCUGAGGAGUGGCCAGUGAAGUUAUCACUAGGCUGUAAUGUAAACACUGCAUUUUGUCUGAAAAGUGUUUAAAGCAAAAUGCCUGAAGGUAAUGAUUCUACUCACCAGAACAAAAUCAAUAAGCUGUAGUUGUUCUGGUGACUAUAGUGUCCCUUUAAUACUUCCCCUGACGAAUUAGGUUCUAGUAUGAAUACAUAACUUUUUAAUAUUGGAGUGAAUGUUCUUACGAGGGAGCACUCAGUCAGCGCACUGAAUAAGAAGACAUUCCCGACGUUUUAGUGCCUCCAAUAACUUGGUUUUAUUGGAGCCGAGUUGAUUGACUUUUUUUGGUUGUUACUGUGGUUACGUUAUAUUGGUAAGCGUGAUGACAUCAGACCUCGAAUACGGAAUUCGGCGGCCAGAACGCAGAAUAUGAAUGGGAUUGAGCCCAAACACUCUCCUCUGCUUUACCGCACAACUGAUUUUAAUCCACAAUCACUAAUGGGUAUUUUAUUGGGUAUUUAGAUAUGAGCAACUACCAGUGAUCUUGGAGCCCCCCACCUCCUCUUAGAGCUUUGUGGUCUCUAUCUCUGGGUCAGUAUAUCUGAUGAUACACAUUAGUAGGUUUACAUGUUUUUUCUUGCAUGUUUGCACUUUGUCUUUAUUGCAUUUUUCUAUUUCAUAUAAAAAAAUAUUUUUAUGUGCAGUACUUAUUGGUGUGCUUUGGGUUUAUCUGUGAUUUUAUGGACCUGGAUGGGUUACAGGUAUGUUCUCAUUAAGCCCACAGCACUUUAAUAACUGCCUGCUUCACCAAAAAUUAACCCACACUAGUUGAGCGCUUACUAUACUAUUGCUUGCAGCCCUAUAUUUGACUGUAACUUUCUAAAACCCCAUAAAACCUUUACAUGGGGAGGGGGUACUGUUCACUGAACACAAAUAUGUGUGCUUUAUUGCAGUAAAAAUUGGUUUAUGACAUUCACAGUUAAAAUACCAUGUAGGGGAAAAAAGUGUGAGUGUAUUUUAAUACGAAAGAGGUGAAUUAUGGUUGAACAGACAGCGCAAAUUUUGUUUUGAUCAUAACUUGUACAAUUGUCUCCGUCCUGAAAGUGUUAAAGUUCCAUUAACAGAGUAGGAGAACUUCUAAAAUUGUUCUACUAAAGUAAACGCUGUAAGCUGUGAUUAAAAGUGUAUAUAUAUUUUAUUUUUUCAAUGGAGUCUGUGUGAUCCACAGCCAAGGGAAGGUGUAACAAGGCUGCAUAAAUGGAAACAAAAGUAAUUUUAACUCCUAAAUGACAGGCUUCAAGGGAAUGAUCUAUACACCAAAAUAACUUCAUUUUGUGAAAGUUGUUUAUUUAGUGUCCUCAAUAGCUCAAGGAAUGCACUAAAGGGUAAUGGGACAGAAACCACAAUAGGGCACAGAAUACAGGCUUGGGAGGUUUGAAUUCCCUAAAAGUAAGUUGUGAUUGGUCCACAUCAUGCUUGCGCCCACAAAACUUGUGUGGUAUCAAUGUGAGCCAGAAACUACUUGGGGCUCCUAUUACCCCUUUAAUAGUUUGCUCGCACCUCGAUCAGUGCUCUUAAAUACACUAAGUUUAAUUAACUGUCCAGUCCUCCAAAGCCAGCCAAUGAGAAGUCUUAAAGAGAGGGGAGGCAGAGAGGAAUUCAGGUGAAGAUUAUCAAUUGCAAAACUAACCUAUACGCUUGCUCUCAAUCUAAUUAGCAACAUAUGUAAUGUAUGUAAGUGAUCCUGAGUGCCUGGACUACGUUUAUUGUUUUACCAUUGGAGUAGGGAUAGCCAGUAGUGAUGUGCAUGGGGAAAAUUUUCGGUUUGGCAUUCCGAAAUUCAGGACUUUGGCAUUUCGGAACUUCUCUUGCAGCCGCUUGAUAGAUAACUCCCUAAUUCCCAUGGUAUUAGGGAGUUAUCUACCAAAAGGCUGACAAGCCCCUCACCCGUGACGCGUGAGAUUCAGGCUUUUAACCUAAAGGGGGGACCAAUUGUCCUCCACCCUGGCCCCCGCCACUGAGCGGUGGGUGGGGGCCCUAAGUUAGAAUAAGGGGGGUGACCUAUUGUCAUUCCCCUACCCCUAAGUGGUGGGUGGGGGCCCUAAAUACCAAUAAGGCGGGGGAACUAUUGUCCUCCCCCCUCUGGCUCCCAUCCCAAAAUAAAAAUUUAAACCCCCCCCCAAGUUUAAAAAUGUAAACUUGGUACCUGUAAAAACAAAAACAAAUUACCAUUUGAUUGCUUCUUUUUUUUUCUUAAGUCGUCUUUUUUUUCUAAAAUCUUUUUUUUUUCAGACCCCAAAAUGGCCAAAUAAAAAUCCAUAAUAACCGUCACACUUUGGGGGAAAAAAAUAAAAACCAGAGCGCAAAAAAAAUAUAAAGACUUGCCCCGUCCUGCAAUUAGGCUGAGAGCACUCUGGCUGGUUAAAGCCAUCCAAUCAGAGUGCUCUGACAGGUAAGUCUUUACAUUUACCGGUCACAGCACUCUGAUUGGUUCUUCCCACGCUGUGUAAUUUGACUCCUAACUCUCUGGUUACUUUCAAUUAACCAAUCAGAGUGUUGUUAUGAGUCAAAUAAAACCGCGUGGGAAAAUUCCAAAGAACUUUCCCACGCUGUGUAAAAUGACACAGAGCACUCUGUCUUUUUUUUUUUUUUUUAAUUUUUUUUUUUUUACGGUGAGCAGCUGACUGCUCACUGUUUAAUAGAAAUGCCCCUACUCGCAGUAUAGCGUGUAGGGGUAUUAUUUACUAAUACUAAGUAAUCUCUACUUAGUAUUAGUAAAUAUGGCUGAAAGACCAUUUUAGGUCUUUCAGACUUUUAGUAUAGCUCCCUAAUACCGUGGGAAUUAGGGAGUUAUCUACUUAUUCAUUUGUCAUUUCAUUGACUGGCUAAGUAACUUACAUUUUAUAUGAAUGUGUAUUACUUGAUUGUUGUUGUAUGCUUACAGUCCUGGCUAUGUUUGUAUACUUUUUUAUUUAAACUUGUAUACUGUGUAACAUUCUUCAUUCUUCCACUGGGUAGGUAUAUUAGUACUUCGGAACUUUGGCAAUUCAACUAUUCGGACAUUCGGAAGUAUCCGAAUGUCUAAAAUUUGUCCAAAUUGACAUUCGUAAUGAAACAAAUUGCACAUAUCUAUUAGCCAGCGCCAGGUCUGGAUGCACAAGGACCAGAUAAGAGUAUGGAUUCCUCCUUUUGUUGGUUCUUGUAAAUAUGGGCACAUCCAUUGAAUGAAUACCAUGGAAUAGUAGUAUGGUUUCUUUUGUACCUUUUUUUUUUUUUUCUAGAUUUGCUUACUUUUUGUAAAUGUUGUUAAAUUAUAUUUUUGACUGUAUUUCUUUAAUUUAGAAAACUUAAUUGCUGCAAUUUUUUUUUUUUUUUUAACAGGGUUUCUGCCUCCUAUCACACCCCCAGAAAAGUUCUUUCUCUCCCAGCUAAUGCUGGCUCCACCAAGGGAACUAUUUAAAAAAACACCGAGGCAGAUUGCUGUGAUGGAUGUUUCAAACCUGGGCCAACCAGUGGAUAUUAGUGGCCUUCAAUUGGCUCUUGCAGGUAAAAAAAAAAAAAAAAUAGUAGACCUUUUUUUCCACAUAUUCCCUUAUGUGACUUCCAUCUUGUAGUUUGAAAAGGUAAUCAAUAUUGGUUUAUAUACUUCUGAAGGUUUUAUAGAUGUUUAUAUGUAUGUCACACAAAAUUUGUUUAAAUAUUGACUGUUAAAUUGCAUUGAUGUUCUCUUUCCAGAACGGCAGUCUGAGCUCCCAACUCAGAGUAAAGCCAGCUUCCCCAGCAUCUUAAGUGAUCCUGACCCAGACUCCUCCAAUUCAGGAUUUGACAGUUCUGUAGCAUCACAAAUCACAGAAACAUUGGUCAGUGGACCAAAACCUCCCAUUGAAAGUAAGUUGUAUACCUGCUUAGCAAUAAAAUGCAGUAUUCUGUUCACUGUUCAUAUGGUGUAGUGAUUACAUCCUGUAUUCAAGUGUAUUGGAGAGAUGCCAUGCAUUUCUGCUGGUUAUAAAAAAGACUGAUCAGGCUGCAGUCCACUACUCUUCCCCUUACUCUUGAUUUAUUGUGAAGAUAAUGGGUUAAAAAAAAUUGGAUUGAUUAGCUGUUCUUGGAAAACUCUCCUAACUCUGGUUUAAUAGAAACUUGGCUAUUUUAGCACUGCCAGGUAAAGAUAAAUUCUUUAUAAAAUAAUCCUAUUGAUUGUAUUGGAAUUUUACUGUCCAAUCAGACCUCCCAGUGCAGCUCAAUGAGAAGUCUUUGCAAGGCAGGCAGCUUUGAAGAAUUGUCCCCUUUUAGAUUUAGUUCCAGUGAGCAAAACAACCAGGAAGAGAAGUAGCAGGUGCAGUUGUCUGACAGUCACAGGGUAUAAAUGCAAAGAUGCACUUUGUUUUCAGUGACAUUUCAAUUGUCUGAACAGAAUUCUGGCUAUGUGACCUCUCCUUGAAUGUGUAAAAAUACAAUUGUUUACUUUUAAAUAAGUGUAAAAUAAAUCCACUUUACUUGCUUUCCCUAUUUUUAGGUCAUUUCCGGCCAGAGUUUAUUCGUCCCCCUCCACCACUUCACAUCUGUGAGGAUGAACUGGCAUGGUUAAACCCAAUAGAGCCAGAUCAUGCAAUCAAAUGGGACAGAUCAAUGUGUGUGAAGAACAGUACUGGAGUGGAGAUAAAGCGCAUCAUGGCAAAGGCAUUUAAAAGCCCCUUGUCCUCUCCGCAACAGACACAGGUAAGAAACGUUUGUGUAGUAUCUCUGAUAGAAGUGUUCCUUAUGAUAGAUUCGUGACCAUGUACAACAUCAUUUGAAAAUAUGAGAUGGUCAUACUGAAAGACCAAUUUGAUUAAUAUUUUUCUUAUCUCCGAACCCUCCCUUCUAUUUGCUAAUUUAAUCCCACAAUAGGUAAUGUAAUCCCCUGGAGUUUAGUGUGGCAGUACAUUACUGUAGGGAUUCAUCAACAGAAUCUGCCUCUCCUUUAAUUUAUUUAUUGCCAAUUAAGUACUGAGGGGGCUGCAGCUCCUCCCAGUCUCCCUGUAGAAUUUGCGCACUUGGACAUUUUUCAGGAUGUGUAUCUAAAUUGCACUCAAAUUGUAAUUUGAAUCUUAUUUGGGUAUUACAGGAUUUUGCAAUUUGGAGCCACACAUUCUAACUUGUUUCUUUACACUCCUUACAGCUUCUUGGAGAAUUAGAAAAAGAUCCUAAACUGGUCUAUCACAUAGGCCUUACCCCUGCCAAGCUUCCAGAUCUGGUGGAGAACAACCCUCUGGUGGCAAUAGAAAUGCUUUUAAAGUUAAUGCAGUCAAGUCAAAUCACAGAGUAUUUUUCAGUGUUGGUUAACAUGGACAUGUCAUUGCAUUCCAUGGAAGUUGUAAACCGGUAAGUGUUAUCUCCAUUUAGCUUUUUGUGUGUGUGAAUUUGAGGAAACCAUUAUUCAAAUGUUUUUUUUGUUUUUUUUUAUGUACCUCUUCUGUUGGUAUACAAAAUGAAGCUUAAAGGAGCACUCUGUACACCAAAACAACUUGGUCUCAAUGAAGGUGUUACGUUCUCUGAACAUUUUGGAUACAAUGUUACCUAAAGUAAGGUUCGGGGGAUUAAGGGAAAGGGGUUGAACUUGUGUCGGGGCUCCCAUACUCAGAGUACUUCUGCCAGGUCAGCUUCCUAGCGGCUAUCAGGGACCCAGGAACACUUCAGCCCCAGUCACGAAAGCUUGACUGGAGUCGCUGAGGACUUUUUCCACCCUGGAUCAGGCUACAGCGGUCUCCUUCCAGGCAGGUAUCAUCCCCUCUGCCUUUGCCUCUUCAGCUACUGCCUUUACAAAUGCACUUGUGGCUCUCAGGCCUGGAUCUUUUUUUAACUUGUCCUGGGAAUUGGGGAGUAAAGCAAAGCAGCCAGUCAACAGGUCCAAAACUCUGUAUCCUGGUUGGUUUAAUCAGGGAUACUUGUAACAAAGUUCCCAAUGGAACACAAACACUAAUUCUUUGUUAUCAUUUGAAAUGUGAUGAAAAGCAUUUAAAAUACAAAUCAGAGAGAACAUGCAAUUCUAAUUAAUGCAAAAAUAUAACACAAGUAAAACGUUCAAACCCAAUAAAAUGCAACAAUACAUAAAUUUAACUACCUAUUUAGUUGCCCUAAUUUGCAUACCAGCAUUAUGUACAUUUUCACAUUUCUAUUCAGUCAGCAGGAGGCGCUGCAGAGUUAUCAAACUAACACUCAUUGUCUGUAUAUCAAAUGCUCCCAUCACAAGACCCUUUCAGGGGCUCUUGGGAGCAGGCCCAAAGUCUGUGGGUUAGAGGCUGGCCUUCAAGCCUCUCCAGAAGGCUAUGUCACGGGUGAUUCUGUCACACAAUUGUUUACCAAUGUCCUCACCAUAACACUGGCUCCCAGUCUGAUGCUUCUUCUAAGAAGCCAGGCACUGAGGCAGAAAAAGAGGGGGUAAACUGAUGAGUGCCGUUUGAAUUGUUAUACAUAUUAAAGGAACACUAUAGCAUUGGUAAUUCAGAUUUCUAUUUCGUCCGCUACAGUGUUCCUAUCCAUGGACCUAAUAUGCAUGUGUGACAAAUGCAAACUUUUCCUUUGGAAAGAACUAAAUCAAAGCCUUCCUAUGAGGCUUCUGUGCCACAUGACCGAGUUAUACUCUGGAACGGGAAAUGACCUUCCCCCAAACUGUUGCCACAAAGAAAAAUAAAUUUAAAUGCCGGCUCUGGGGCUAAAAUAACAAUGUUGAAUCUAUAGCAGAGAAUGUUUACAGAUUAGCUCUUGGCAGGGCCCCCACUCAUUUUUAUGGAAAUUAUUUGGUGCCGGGACAUGUAGAUUAUCAUGAUGGACAAGUAAAUUGGGCUGCCGCUUUAAACCCAUGGACAAGUUAAAAAAAAAUUAAUAAUCCAUAACCUUGUGGAGGCUGCAAAGGCUGAACUCAAUAAUUAGUAGGGGUGUCCACAUACUUGCAACAAACUUUCGUGCAACUGAUGUGGGACCUUAAAUAUAAACUCUCACAUUACAACUACACAGGUUUUAGCUGAAAAAAUUAUAAAAAUAAUAAACAUAGCUGCAAGUUGCAACAGAUUUGUACUUGAUACCAAAUGUAUCUAAAAUUAUAUAAAAAAUAGAGGGAAGGAGCGGAGAGAGGGGUUGUGCAAUAAAACCAAUCUUUAUUCCAAAUAAGACAGACAAAUAACCAUAAACAGUUCUCUGUAAGCGAUAUAAUACAGCACAGAAAAUAGACCAGUUAGCCAGACUGGGUGCAACUUUGCUAUGUGGAGCAAAUUAAGUGGUAAAACGUAUGUUAUCAGGAAUUGGUGAAGCUCCAUCCUCGUACACGUUUCCAUAACGAAAGACAGAUCAGUACCUCCGUGUUAGUAUAUUCUUUUGAUAUCACUAGUUUCAACUCUGUUUAGAGAAGGUCAAGGGACUCUGUGGAAUAUAGCCGUUGACAUAGGUACUGGUGCAUCGCCAUAUGUGAACUAAGGGUUUUAUCGGAGCCAGCCCAGUUUAUAUGCAGUUUUUUGGAAAAUGUCCUUUAUAUCCAUAUACCAGUUUUACAACAUUCAGUACCUGCACAUAUACAUUGUGUGGCAAUUGUAUUGGAUGAGUGCCUUUAUACAACUUUACCACUCCGUUUGAAAACUUGAAAUAUACAUCAAUAAUUUUUUUAAAUUUUUUUUUUUUUUUUUUUUGUGUGUGUGUGUGUGUCUUGCAAACACCUAAUACUUAGCAUAUUAGAUAUGACUGGUACAUCAUCAGUGUUCAACCGUGGCAAAUAAAAGUGCAAAUAUGAAGUUUUUACAGUACUUUGUUAGCCUUGGAAUUCUAAUACAUGCUGUAUGUUUCAAACGAAGAUCAUAAUUUUAUAGCAUUAUAACCAUCUAAUAUGCAGCACUUUAUAAUAUAUAACUGGGACAUGAUCAGUGCAUUACCGUUUGUGGCAAAUCUAGGUGUAAAUAAUCAUAUAUCUAGAGUAACUGACCGGCCAGGAAUCUAUAUGGGCAAUCAGGCUAGCGCCACGUGCACAUUAUACCUCCCGCAUAGGGAAACAUCGAUUCAAUGUUUUUCAAUGGAGGAUUUGAAGAUACUGGACGUCCUCAUGCAAAGCAUCUAGUGUUGUUUCAUGGUUAAACUCUGUGAAACUGGAGAAAGCCUCUCUAGUGGCUGUCAGGUAGAUGGUAAGUAGAGGCAGUAUUAACCCUGCAAUGUAAACAUUGCAGUUUCUUUGAAACUGCAAUGUUUUACAUUGCAUGGCGAAGGGGAUUGGAACACUGCACCCAGACCACUUCAAUGAGAUGAAGUGAUCUGGGUGCCUAUACUGUCUCUUUAACUACUCAAAAGGAAUAUGCAUGACUUUGCACAGUACAGAAAAAGUGAUCAGCCUUAUGUGGAAUGUUUUAAAAAAAAAAAAAAAAUACACAAAUAAAAAUGAUCCUUACCCUUGAAAUAUUUCGGUAUGGCAUAAUGUAUAAAAAGAAAAAAACCAAAGUGUGAUAUUAUAUAUUCUAAAGUGAUAUUAAAAACCACUCACAUUUGCAAGAGCCUAAAGAAGUGACUCAGUAGAUUGUCUUUGUGCUUUUUGUGCAGCACCACACCUUCAUUUAAUGACUCGAACUCUCAAAUCAGACAGAGAGAACACACCAAUAGUAUAGACUGUAUAAAAAGCACACAGUUGAUAAAAUGAUAUUAAUCCACUCACCUUAAACAGGCCAGGAAACAAAGCCUUUAGAUUCCCGGUUCUGAGGUUAAAAGAUAUUGUACCUGGGAAUCAGUGGUGACAACAGUGGAGCUUAGAACAAGUUAAUAAACAUCCAGUUGAUAAAACAAAAAAAUUGUUUUAAAAGAUGUCCCAAAAAAGUUGAUGACAAGACACGUUUCUCUUCUUCUAGCUUCUUCAGUUGCUAGAUUAAAAAAACAAAAAAAAACUAGCUAACAAUGUUACUAACAAAUGGCAGAAAGGUACUACUCUGACUAGCAAAUGUGAAAUACCAAGACAUUGAUACAGCCACAUUUUAUUGUAACCUUUCAUUACAAGCUACAUUUAAGAAAAAAAACAUAAAAAAAUAGGAACACAGCAAAAAUAACCAGAACGUUAACCCCUUAAGACCGGAGGGCGUAAUAUUACGUCCCAUUUUAGGCGGCUCUAAACACCGCCGGGCGUAGUAGUACGCCUUCUGGUUUUUUGUUACUUACCCGGUCGCCGACGAUCGCGGUUGGGGGGACUCCCAGGGAGGACCUCACAAUCACAUGGCAGGGUUAGCUGCCUGCUGCAUUGCCAGCACGGGGGCUGCCUGGAAAUAAAAUAUAGUUAAAUUAAUAAAGUGUAAAAAAAAAAAAAAAAAAUUAUAUACUUGGAUCAUAUAUAUAUGUGUGUGUGUGUGUGUGUGUGUGUGUGUGUGUAUAUAUAUAUAUAUAUAUAUAUAUAUAUAUUUAUAUAUACAUACACACACAUACACUGUCUAGGUUUAUUUUACUAUUAAAAUAUAUAUAUAAUUAUUGAUAGAUAUAUAUUUAUAUAUAAUAUAAUUUUUUUUUAAAUACGUUAAAAAAUUUAAAAUAAAUAAUUAAAUAUAUAGAUGUUAUUUCGUUCUAACUGUAUUGUGAUAUUAAUAUAUAUUUAUAUCAAAAUACACGUAGAGCGAAAUAAAAUAUAUAUAUAUAAAUAUUUUAAAAAAAAUUAUACAUAUAUUAAUUCCACAUAUAUAUCUAUGUAAUAUUUUUACAUAAUUAGGUAUCUUAAUUACAAUUAGCGGGACCUGCCUGACAACCCAUGCCAAAGGUAUAGGGAAUUUAAUUUGCUAGCACUAUAAUUAAAACUAUAACUUUCCAAGACACCAUAAAACCUGUACAUGGGGGAUACUGUUCUACUUGGGAGACUUCGCUGAACACAAAUAUUAGUGUUUCAAAACAGUAAAAUGUAUUACAACGAUGAUAUCGCCAGUAAAAGUGAAAUUUUUUGCAUUUUUCAUGCACAAACAGCACUUACACGGACGAUAUUAUUGCUGUGAUACUUUUUGCUGUUUUGAAACACAAAUAUUUGUGUUCAGCGAAGUCUCCCGAGUACAACAGUACUCCUCAUGUACAGGUUUUAUGGUGUGUUCAAUAGUUACAGCGUCAAAUAUAAGGCUUGUGUUUCAUUUUUUUCACAUUAAAAUUCGCCAGAUUGGUUAGGUUGCCUUUGAGACCCUAUGGUAGCCCAAGAAUGAAAAUUAUCCCUAUGAUGGCAUACCAUUUGCAAAAGAAGACAACCCAAGGUAUUGCAAACGGGGUAUGUCCAGUCUUUUUUUUAGUAGCCACCUAGUCACAAACACUGGCCAAAAUUGGCGUUUUUUUGCAUUUUUCACACACUAACAAAUACUAACGCUAACUUUGGCCAGUGUUUGUGACCAAAUGGCUACUAAAAUAGACUGGACAUACCCCAUUUGCAAUACCUUGGGUUGUCUACUAUUGCAAAUGGUAUGCCAUUAUGGGUGUAAAUUUCAUUCCUGGGCUACUAUACAGUCUCAAAGGCAACAUAACCUAUCUGGCGAAUUUCAAUUUCAAAUGUAACGUGCUAUAUUUGACCCUGUAACUUCCCAAAACGCCAUAAAACCUGUACACAGGGGGUACUGUUUUACACGUGAGACUUUGCUGAAUACAAAUAUGUGUAUUUUAUUGCAGUAAAGGCUAACAGUAUAAUGACAUUGACAGUUAAAAUGUCAUGUAGAACUAAAAACAAAAUCUUAUUUUCUCCCAUUUUUUUUCAUAUUAAAUUGUUUCACAGCUAAAUAUUUGAUAUUAAAUGAAAGCCCUGUUUCCCCUGAAUAAAAUGAUAUAUAAUAAGGGUGGGUGCAUUUACUAUGAAAGAGGUGUAUUACGGUUGGACAGACAUGUAGCGCAAAUGCCAGGUUUUGUUUACAUUUUGUUUUGUUCACAACGUGUACAUUUGGCUCUGUCCUUAAGGGGAUAACGCACGCUGUAGGCCAAUAGGAUGAAAUAAGGGCACAAACUGGUGCUGCAGUUGUGAACAGUAUUAUUAUUUUUAUUGCCUGUUAGAGGGCUGGACAAAAAGUUCUUAAGGCAAUUAAAGUAUCACUAUAGGCACACAGACCACUUUAGCUCAAUGAAGUGGUCUGGGUGCCAGGUCACCCUUGUCUUAACCCUGCAGCUGAAAACAUAGUAGUUUAACUGCUGUGUUUACAUUGCAAGGCUAAGCCAGCUUCUAGUGGCUGUCUCCCUGACCGACAAUAGAGGCACUUCCGCGAUUUACACAGAGUAAAUAGCACUUAUUUGACGUCCUCACGGAGUAAAGCUUUCCUAUGGGCGGGUUUUAAUGCCCGCGCCUCUGGCUGCGCAUUCGUCUCCACUUGGGAGCUGGCAUUGAUGGAGAUGUCACCAGUGCCUGAGGGAGCCCGGCGCCGGAUUAAGGUAAGCAAAUAAAUGGUUAAGUAACCCUUUAUUCGCCGCGGAACGGGGCCCUAGUCACCUAAAUGGUGACUAGGGCUCUAUAGCGUUAGGAAUACAUAUUUGUAUUCCUAAUGCUAUAGUGUUCCUUUAAAGUUUUUCAUUCAGUUUACUGUAGUGUGUGAGCAAGAGAUCUCCCCUAUGAACAGUAAUUUUUGGUUUUCGAUUUGAAAUUCACUUUGAAUUUCCAAUAAUUCUCACUUUUUUGUGAAUAACCCUGACCACUUGUGACAAAUUCACUUAAAACAUGUUUUAGUCUUUUAACUUGGGCUUAUUUCUAUAUAUAGAGCCCGAACCUCUAGGAUAAUUAUCGGGUAGUUCUCCAACUAACUAAAAUUAUUCAAACAGAAUGUCACAUUGCAUAUAAUAUCAAACAAAUGUAUUCAUUCAUACUAAAGUGAAACACACAAAUACACCUAGUGAAAAAAUAAAUAUAUGGAUAUACUCUUCUGAAAUGCUGUAUACACCAGGACUACUCCAGAUCCUCAAGACCUAUUACAAAGAGCAAGGCAAAUACUUUUAUUUCAGUAUCUCGUAGGGUAAUAAGCCCUCAAACUGAUAUCUGCUUUAAAAUUCAUAAAUCGUAAAUAAUUAAAGGCAUAUCACAAUCUCUCUCAUGCACUUCCAAACACAUAAUAUCAGAACUGCUCACCCCCUCCUGAUUGUACCCCAUGAUGUACAGCGUCCACUAAUCAAUCUGUAGAUCCACAACUACACCAACAAAAUCCAAAAUGAAAUUAGUGCUUUGCAUAGACUACUUAAGUGACAGCUAAUCUUUAAAUGGCAGUGUUACUUUGGCAUCCUAAGCAGUUUGGGAAUUGUACUUACAGACCUAAAUUCCAAGUUAUACAUAUAAUUUCAGCAAUCAACUUAAAUAUCUGAACACCCUCUAAACCAUUUUAUUCCCCCAGGCUUACUACUGCUGUGGAUCUUCCUCCUGAAUUCAUUCAUCUUUAUAUCUCCAAUUGCAUAUCUACAUGUGAGCAGAUUAAAGACAAGUACAUGCAGGUAUGCAUUAUAGGACAAUGUCCUUCUCCCCCCCCCCCCACCCUCUUUUUUUUCUUAUAAAAGCUGUUUUAGUGAUCAUGCCUCAAGAAGGCAAACGAUACUUACUAUUUUCGUGUUUUUAUAGAAUCGCUUGGUAAGGUUGGUGUGCGUCUUCCUGCAGUCUCUGAUUAGAAACAAAAUCAUCAAUGUUCAGGAUUUGUUCAUAGAGGUCCAGGCUUUCUGCAUAGAAUUCAGCAGGAUACGAGAAGCUGCUGGCUUGUUCAGACUGUUGAAGACGUUGGAUACAGGAGAAAAUCCAGCAGAGGCAAAACCUGCAAAAUAGGACUUGCACCGACCUUUCAUUUGUCAGUCGAACUGUUUAGAUUGUUGAUAUCUUGUACAUUAUAUGCUUUCCAUGUUGUGUGUUUUUCUUUUUGUUUUAUUUUUUUUAAAUUCAUAUACUGCUAGUAAACAUUGCUAGCCCAUAAUACUUCACAACAUUGUAAAAAACAUUUUCACCAAACUAGACAUGUCUUUUGGUUAUUUAGCAAGCAUAUCUACCGUAAAAAGAAUGGCUUUAUUUUGUGUAAAAUAUUUACCAACAUCAGAGGAUGUGGUUUUCUGUACAGACCGAUGCAUGUUGACUUGCAUAAAUCAAAUUAUGUACAAGUACUUUAUCCUUUUUAAUUACCAGAACAUUUUGUAAGGUGAGUUUCAGUGAGGUGAAGGCUUUAAGAUACAACCAGAACACACAUUUUAAAUUAAAAUGUUCGUUACGAUUUGCAGUUAUUUUCCUGCUCUUGAGUGGUUUUUCACUUCUGACCUAAAGCAACACUUCUAGAUAUAAAUAUACAACAAUUUCAAAUCCAUUGUUAUAUUAACAAUGAUGGUAGUGUAAACAAAAAAGCUUUAAUUAUGUCUAUUUCCUAUAUAGUUAGUCACAGCACAUAAAGGCUCCGAUACCAUAUUCUGAUUGAUGGCGUACAUUUUUAGACCAUUGCCAUAAUUUUUGUCAACCAUUUGUGAUACUCAAUACAUUAGGUCUGUGUUUUUAUAGAUACAGAUCAUACAUUUUUUUUUUUUGCUUGUAUAUAAUGCUUUUAAGCAAUUUAUUUCUUGUAGUAUAUCAAAAUGUACUUCAGAUGUAAGAUGUUUGGAAGUGUAAGUAUACUUACAAGUAUUCAGCCUUGUGUGGUUCUAUGUAAAGUUUCACUUAUAGUUGGUUUCUUAAACAUGUUUGUUGAGAAGCUGUAUAAUAAAUAAGGGAAACAAACCUUUUGUGGUUUUCUGUGUCUUCUAGAACUUUAAAAAAAAAAA